AUGCAGUGGUUAGGAGUACACUUUUGGACUUCAUUGAUUCUUUGUACCGGCAUUUUCUCAAAAGAGAGUACUUGUUGUGAACAUCAACCAUGUCAAAAUGGAGCGACUUGUGAAACUCUCCAAGGAGGGGAUGUUGUGGUGGAUUCAAGAAUGGUGGUGCCGACUUCUGCGACUGAGGAUUUUCAGGCAAAUAUUACUGUAGGUUGCAGCAACAAAGACAAGUGUGCUGAGAGCCCGUGUCUGAACCGGGGCCGCUGUGUGAGCCGGGGAUGGAGGAGUUAUACCUGUGAGUGCCACAGACCUUAUGAAGGAGACAACUGUGAACAAGAGUAUGCUACAGCUAGAUUUGGAAGAAGGGAGCAGCAAAGUUAUGCUGUUUUUUCAAUGGAUGAUGAUGUGGGAGCCACUUUGACUGUGUCCAUGUUUGUCCGCACCAAACAGUCCAGUGGACUGCUCCUCAUCAUGGCCAACAGUACCAGCCAAUACCUCCGCGUGUGGCUAGAUGAGGGCAGAGUUCAUGUUCAAAUCAACAAUUUUGAAAGUCUUAUCAGCCAAGGUGUUAUAAGUGAUGGACAUUUCCAUUUGCUGACAGUACAACUGGUAGGAACAACAGCCAGUUUAUAUCAGUCAGCCCAGAACUGGGGGUCUAUAGCCAUCAGACACAUUCAGGCCAAUUCUGGAGAUGCUGUUUAUGUUGGAGGUGUUAAAGACCCAAGGGCAAGUGCCUCCUUUGGUGGCUACUUCAAAGGCUGCAUCCAAGAUUUCAGAGUAAACAGCAAACGGCUGCAGUUCUAUCCAAUAGCUGCUCUGAUGGAGUCCUAUAAUCUGCAGCAGCUCAAUAAUGUGGAGCAAGGAUGCAGCAGUGACAACACAUGUGAUGUGAACCCUUGUCUUAAUGGUGGCGCCUGCUAUUCCAUGUGGGAUGAUUUUCUAUGUACCUGUCCCCCUAAUACUGCAGGCCGUCGCUGUGAAGAGGUGAAAUGGUGUGACAUGUCCCCUUGUCCUGUCUCAGCCACUUGUCUUCCACACUCUAUGGGUUUUGACUGUUUAUCCAAUGUAACAAUUCGAACUCAAACCAACCCUCUACAUUACAGAGGGCUCUUCUGCCACGAGCCUACAGACAGGUGCCUCUCUGGCCCCUGUAUGUUUGGAAACUGCACCAACCUGCCUGAGGAGUACAAGUGUGACUGUGAACCAGGGCAUGGGGGAAAACAAUGUGAGCUGGAACUGGACUUUUGUGAAAACAACAACUGCAGUAAUGGUGCCACGUGCUUGAAAGGUCUUGAGAGAUAUACAUGUCUUUGCCCUCAGAAUCUUACGGGACGGUAUUGCAAUGAGAAACUCCCAGAAAUACCAUGGUAUAUUGAAACUAAACCACUUCCACAGCUCCCUGCUUCUGCUUGCAUUGACACAUCAAUGAAUUACAGCUGCUUCAAUGGAGGAAACUGCUCCAAAGGGGACACAAAAUGUCUCUGUUUGCCCGGAUUUAUUGGACAAUGGUGCGAGAAGGACGUGGAUGAAUGUUCCUCUGAGCCAUGCCUGAAUGGAGGCUUUUGUGUAAAUUACAUCAACAGUUUCGAGUGUGUGUGUGAUGUGAACUUCUCUGGACUCAACUGCCAAAUCGAUAUCAGUGACUUCUACCUGUAUAUGUUUCUGGGACUGUGGCAGAACUUAUUCCAGCUUCUGUCUUACCUCGUAUUUCGGCUUGAUGACGGCCCAGAGGUGGAGUGGGGGUUUCAAAUCGACUAG